UUACAGAGCUCAUUAGGAAUUGGGACUUUAAUAUAAGCGAAAGCGUGAAACCAUCACUCUCCGAAGCUUUCGAUAGUAUUUACGCGUGUCACUCUCAGUGCUUCUACCAGUUCAAACGAGCUCUCUGUAAAUGUGUUUAUGUUGCUCAUAGCAUUGCCAUUUGAGACAAAAGAAAAUAUAAGUAGCCGCAUUGAUACAUGAGACAUCGCCACCGACAGCAAGUGUAUCGAUCAAGUUCGAUUAUCCGUAUCAGAAAUCAAAAGUGUGUUUUUUUUUUCUUUUGUGCAAAGUGAAUCAGAGUUCAUUUGAAGUUGAAGAUCAGAUCAAGUUUCACAUAAAGAAAGUGUUACGAAAGUUAUGACAAGAUGUACGUUACUGAUUUUCGUUGGUAUUUUAGCAAUCAUCAAUACAGUGGAAUCUGAUUUCCAGAGCGCUCCAGUUCCCGGUACGCCAGAACCAUACAGAUCGACACCACCCCCGAAAUUACUGGCAAAUUUCAUUCCCGCAUCGAUGCAACUGCUCCAGCACUGCAUCGAAUCGAUUCAAUAUGAGCCUGUAACGCCAUCGACAACUACGGCCAAACCAACGACCACAACAGCUGCAGCUCCGGCACAACAGCGACCGACGGUAUUCCACAAGCCGGGGUAUUUUGGACCAGAAAAGCCGCCACCAUUGCCGCCAUCCUCAUCUACCGUAGGGACUAUUUCGAGCACGAGCGCCUCGGAGCAAACGACGAAACCAAGCACGGAAACCGCAGAAACUUUACUCUGGAAUGAUAAACAGUUUUUCGAAUGGUUCCUGCAAAGUAAAUACAAGCAAAUUAAAUUAGAUAAUGACUACAACCUCCAACUUCUGGAUCCUUUACCACUGAGACUGCUGCAAGACAUCGAGGGUGAACGUUAUGAAUUGCCAGCAUUAUUGGAUAAGGACAAUGUUAAUGAAUUUCGGAAAAUCUACGAUGACAAAUAUCGUGAAAGUGAGACAGAUUUGCAGCAGAUGAGCAACGUGGGUGGCAACAAGCCUCACCUGACAGAUAAUCGACACGAUAGUUGGACCAGCAGUGGCAUCAAUAAGAAUUCGGGAGAAAGUGCCAAAGGAAGUGGGAGGAAACGAGUGCCACCCACAAAGCCAUACAUCCACAUGCUGAUGCUUUAUGACCUGCUAAAAAGGGAAGCGAAAAAAUUUAUGUUCAACUUGUACGAGGGCUUCAGCUCCGAGAUACUGACGGAGCUCUCGCAGUUCAAAGCAGAUAAUGGCCAACAGCAAUUACUAUUUGUUCUCUCUCGGAUGCUGGAGGAAAAAAACAUCGAUAAGGCGGACGUCCUGUCACGAACAAAAGCAAUGAUAACAGAGCUGGAAAACCCCAACAGUGCGAUAACCAAGGCACUCAUCUACGUCCCACCACUAGAAUUUGCACCAUGAGGAAAUGCAUACGAACGGAUACAGAUAUUAAUAAUUAAGAUGCAAAUUAAGCAUUGUGUACAAUGCAGUCGGUAUAUUUCUUUGUCAAAUUUGGAUGACGGUACUUGCCUGUAGGCCUGCGUCUGUUGGUCUUGGUAAGGACACAACUCGGUUCUGUGUAAACAAAACGCAUAUCUGUUCGACAAACUAAAUCUUGUGCUCGUACCAUCUGCAACGUGUUUCCGAAUCGUACGUUCUUCUUGGAAAGGCAUAAUACAGCUAAAAGUGCGACACCUACGACAACGAUGAUGGUCGAAUUUAAAGCCCAUCUCAAAUUAGCUACACCAGAAGGAAUGACAUACUCGUGAUGCAAUCUUGACAUUUAGUGUUUGCAUUCGUUCUUAACUCAUAACACAAUUUGCUAUUAAUUAUAACAGAAGCAUCCUCCUUUGAAAUGUUCCGACCGUAGUGUAAUCCGUAAGCAAUAUAUCUAUCUCUUGUAGGCCUGUGACUAGUAGCCAGCAUCAAUCUGGAAAUUAAUAUGUCGUGAACAUGUAUCUCGACUAAUGAUUGUAAAGGAAAAUAAAUUACAAAACAAGCACAAGUAA